AAACUGCGCCGGUCAGCCGGUGUCCGUUAGCUCACCAUCAGGCUAUCUCAAGCCUCAUCUGUGGCAGUGCUGAUCAAAUUCUCUCCCUUAGCUCCUUGGUGUCGCUUUUUCAGAGCUAACGGUCUAGAUCGAAUUCAACCGGCGGUGUUAGGCGUCCAAUGAGAUAGACGAAAAUUUCCAUUGUUAGUGUCAGCAACUAAGACCUCAAGAGCGUAAGCCGAAAGCUGGGAAAGCUUGUGAGUAAAAAUAGAACCAAUCCGGGGAUACCUCCAAAUCCCUAGGACCGACUACUAUGAGAUGAGAUGCGAGUGUCGAACCUCGUACGAAUAAGUAUAUAAUAUGGCUUCUCGUCGUCGAAAAGGGGGAACAUCCUCGUCACUAAAAUCUGAAUACCAACAACUCCAGCAACAUUAGCAAACCCAAUACUUCCGUAGUCCACAAUAUCAAGCCUUAAAGCUCAACGCAUAAUCUCAACCCCAAUCAUUCAAAAUGAAGUACACCACUGCCGCCCUCUGCCUCAUCUCGGCUACCAUCUCCCUCGCCGCCCCAACCACCAAGCGCGAUGCCUUCGCUGGAUUCAUCGUUCCCAGCGUCCUCAAGAUCCAUAACGUGAACAACAAUGUCAACACGCCCUCAGUCCACACCUCCACCAUCCGCGCCGCCAACGGCGUCGAGACCAGCACCCUGUACCAAAUCCCGAUCCCGUCCUCGCUACAGGGCAAGACGUGCGCGCUGGUCAUCCACGCCACGUCCGCCGACCAGAUCGAAGGCACGCAGGAGCUCGACAUCUUCAACAACCUGUUCGCGGACCUGAACAACCUGCCGACGGGCAACCAGCGCAACGAGCAGCUCGCGCGCGUCAAGUUCGACGCCGCCACCGGGUUCUUCGACUUCGACACCGUCGGCUUCGCGAACCCUAAAAUCCAGAGCUUCCCGUGCCCCGCCGGCAACACGCUGAAGUGGGAGAGCGUGGCGGUGGGCUCGUACGACGUGGAUGUUAUCGCGCAGGACUUUGCCAAUGUGGUGGGGCCUAACGCGCCGAAUGGGUUGAGCGUUGGGUACUACUAGAUGUUUGUCUAGGUGGUUUGACUUAGGGGCUUUGGGGUAUGGAGUUUGGGGAUACGUGGGCCUUCGAUUCUCUCGUUUAUAUUGCAUUGGCAUUGUGGCAUCUGGGUGGAAUGGUGUAGGUUAUACGGACACUCCUUAGGUUAAGUGAAAAUAGCAUAAUGUUGAAUUGCUUUUACCCCUGUAACUCGUCUUGCCCCUUUUCUGAUUUGGUGCGGGGCCUUGACUAUAUAUCUUGGUAGGCACUAUGUUUCGGAAACUUUUAUCGUUGAAUAUAGUUCAUAAUCGAAAAAGUAACAAUGAUUCUUAGGUAGUUGAUACAUUAGGUAUUUUUUGAACUAUCUGAAGAGUUAUGUUAGGUAAGUUACAAGUUGGCUGAUAUGUUAAGGGGUUAG